AUGGCGGUUCGUCAGCCUUCAGUUAUUUGGGCACAACGAGAGUCAUUUUUAUAUGUUACAAUUGAAAUUGAUGAAGUUACUGUUGAUGAUCUCACCGCCGACAAUAAUAAAUUGCAUUUCAAAGGAACCAGCCACACCGAGGUUUAUGAGACAACCUUGGAGUUUUACGAUGAAAUUGUGGGCAGCGAUAUGAAGCGUACGCCUACAAAUACUCGAGUCAUUGAGUUGAAUAUUCCUAAGAAGGAAGCAAAGUGGUGGCCUCGACUUUUGAAAGAAAAAGGGAAGGUCCACUGGUUGAAAGUAGAUUUCGAUAAGUGGAAGGACGAAGAUGACUCUGGUGCUGAAGACGGGAUGCCAUUCGGUGGCUCAGGAGCAGGCGGAUUUGAUCUCAAUUCAUAUAUGAAUCAAAUGGGAGGUGGAGGCGGCGCCCCUGACUUUGAUGGACUUGACGAUGAUAGUGAUGGAGAAAUGCCGGACCUUGAAGAUGACGAUGACGAAGCAGGUGACAAGGACAAGAAGGAUGAAGAAAAAGCCGAAGAGAAAGCAGAGGAAAAAGCCGAAGGAAAGGAAAACAAGGAAUAA